AAAAAAAAAAAAAAAAAAAAAAAAAAAAAAAAAAAAAAAUGAAAAUGAAAAAAGCGAUAUGAGAUGCGACGACGACGACGACAAUGACGAUGAUGAUAAUGACAAUGACGAUGAGAGCGCAGAGAGCAACAACGACAAAGACACCAACAAAGGAAAACAGCGAGCCAGGCUGCAGCUGCAGCUGUGUGGAGCCAACCAAACAUCAGACAAAAGAAACAAGCAGAGCAAGCCACGACCCCGCAAGCCGACGUAGCCGCGUCCUCCUCGAUCUCACCGGCAGAUGCUGACCCGGGAGAGACAGAUCGAAAAAGCAACCGUACGUACUACCUAGGUACGUAACUAGGUGGUACGUAGACAGGUAGGGAGAGGCGAGCCGGCCACGCAUGCUCAGCCAUCCUUCCUCCCGCGCUGGUCCGGUCCGGUCCGGUCCGGUCCGUUUUACGGUACGAAAAGGUACUCGAGUAGGUAGGUAGGUAGGUGGGUAGCAUGUCGGAAGAGCGCCUCGGCCGACAGACAGCACCGCAGCGCACCGCAGCGCAACACCAGGGCGCGCCGCGCGUCGCUUGUCCGCAGCAGCAGUGGCAACGCCAACGCCAACGCCAACAGCAGCAAGCCGUUCAUUGGGCAGCAACAACAACAACAGCAACAGCCGGCAGCGUCAAGGCGCGCAUCCGCCUCCCCGUCAAAUUACCCAGCUCCCGCGCCGCAACGCCGUACGCAUCAGCCUUCCCCCUCGCAAUCAACCACGCGGCGCCGGGCACCGUUUCUAGCCCCGAGCGCCCUGUCGGCACUGCAAAAGCCCACGGGGCGUCCAUGCGGCGCGCGUCGGCCCGCUACUCGCGAGAGCCUUUGCGCGCGCGCGCCCGCCCGGGAAAUGAUAACAACGUGGACGGGUGGUAGGAGCGGAAGCGGGAGGUGCGGGCAGCUAAAAUGAAGACGGUUUCGGCUGUUGUCGUCGGUGCGUGCGUGCAUGCGUGCGUGCGUGCCGGAGAUGAAACUGAACUGCCUGGCUCCGCUGUGCCGCGUCGGAAGUGAGCUGUGGGUGAGGAAAAUAAUCUGUCUUGCCUUGCAAUGAUGCGGAAAAUAAUAAUAAUAAUAAUAAAAACUGGAGAUGAUGGGGUUGGAUGUCCGCAUGCGUGCAUGCGUGCAUAAGAAUCCUUCCUCCAUCACAUGCUUGCUUGCUUGCUCGCUUCAAUGCGACGGCCAACGCCCGGUGAAAAUGCCCAUGUGGAUAGAUAGG